CCUUUCUCCAUUUGCUUCCCAUUCUCCUUCUGCCUGUCGCGUUGUCAAUGCCUGGAUCUAGCUUUCUUUGCUUGAUGCCAGUGCCAUUGUGGUAAUGUAUUCCUCGUCAAAUUCCUUCCUCGGCGGCGCCAACAGCGCUCGCCCGGGACAACAGCCACCUUUCAUGCAGCAGCAGCAGCAGCAGCAAUACUCGCCAUUCCCGACCGGCCAGCAACAGACGGGCUUUGUUCCCCAGCCUACUGGUUAUGGUCCUCAAAUGUCUGGCUUGAGCGGCUCCCAGCUGCAGCCUCAACCGACCGGUUUCCCCGCGGGACAGCUGCAACCGCAAUUCACCGGCUUCCCUGGCGCCGCUGCCCAGCCAUCACACCAGCCGGGCUUGCAACCGCCGGUUCCGCAGCAACCCCAGUUUACGGGGUACCCUCUUCAGUCUCAAGCUCCCCAGAUCCAGGCACCCUCGAACACCGGACUUCCCCUCCGACCGGGCUUUCAGACCUCUUCUGAGAUAGCAGACUCAUUCAGAGAUGGAAGCGGCGCGGCCCCCCCGCCGCCCCCUAAAUCCUCGGGCAACAAGAUCCCCAACAUUCGCCUCUCAUUCAUCACCGCCCAGGAUCAGGCUAAAUUCGAGCAAUUGUUCAAGUCGGCCGUGGGUGAUAGUCAGACAAUGACCGGUGAUAAAGCCAAAGAGCUUCUUAUGCGAUCAAGGCUCUCGGGUGGCGACCUGUCAAAGAUAUGGGUUUUGUCGGACUCCACCAAGUCAGGCCAGCUGUUCUUCCCAGAGUUUGCCCUGGCCAUGUACCUGUGCAACCUGCGGAUCACAGGUAGAGACUUGCCCGACUCUCUCCCGGAGAAAAUCAAAAAUGAGGUGUCCAGUAUGGUAGACAUUAUCUCGUUUACGGUCCCUGACACGCAACCGGAACCCGUCGCCCGGACGAACGUGCCAAAUUUCGAGGCGCCACUGCUAGAGAACAAAUCAGCGCCUCCAGCUCCUCAGCAACCGCAGCCACAGCAGCCUACGAAUUCCCAGCUUUUGACACAACUCACGGCCCAGCCUACGGGAUUCCCCCAGGCGAAUAAUUUCCUAUCCAACCAAGCCUCCCUCUCCGGCCAAAGUCCAGGCCUCACGGCCCAAGCGACUGGAUUUCCUGCGCAGACUCAGCAGCAUUCCCUCCAGCCACAGCCCACGGGACUCAUGGCCAACCCGCAGCCGACUGGCUAUGCCGGCCCUCGUCCCCCUAUCCCGCCGAUGCCAACGGGCUUCGGAUCCGGGCUGAGCCCUGCGCAGACCGGGGGCGUACAGGGUCUGGUCGCUCAGCCUACCGGAAUUCCCGGCCAAUGGGGUUUUGUCAAUGCACCGUCUUCCGGCCUGCCCAAUAUUGAAGCCUUGAAGCAGCAACUCAUGCCACAACCAGGCCGGGAGGGUGGGUUCUCUGCUGUCGGCCUCUCAGGAAAUGCCCAUAUCCCAUGGGCAAUCACUAAGGAGGAGAAGAAAAUCUACGAUGAUCUGUUCAGAGCCUGGGACGGGUUCCACAAGGGAUUCAUCGGUGGUGACACCGCCAUCGAAAUCAUGGGCCAGAGUGGCCUGGACCGCCAGGACUUGGAGCGCAUUUGGACUUUGGCGGACCCGCAUAACAAGGGUCGGUUGAACAUGGAUGAGUUCGCCGUUGGCAUGCAUUUGAUAUACCGGAAGCUGAACGGAUACCCGGUACCAAAUCGCCUACCACCGGAACUGGUCCCUCCUUCGACGAGAAACCUGAACGACUCUAUAGGAACGGUUAAGUCCAUGCUUUCGCAAGAUGCCGAGUCCCGUAAAGCUUCGGGUGCGUUUUUGCAGCCACAGAAGACCGGCGUGAGCUAUCUCAAGGAUCACUCUUUCCGUGGUGGCACGGUGUCGCCUGGCUUUGGUCGCAAAGAUGCCACGCUCUUCAAAAACAACGACGAAGCUGCUGCUGGCUACCGCUCUAGUGCGCGCCGUCGUGUCGGUAACAACGCGCGCACUCCAUCACCCGCCGCCUCAUCCCAAGCAUCCGAAGAAGAACUGUCUUCUGGACAAUUGAAAAAGAAAAUUCGUGAGGCUCAGAUUAUGCUUGACGCGGUGGACUUUCAGGAUGAAAACCGCGCCGAAGAAGACGAUGCUUUGGAUCGUAGAGAUCGCCGCGAAGCGGAGAGCUUGAUGGACAGAAUUCGACGCGUCCAGGACGACAUUGACACCCAUCCAAAUGCCUCGUUCCGCAACCUCGACAAUGGGGCCGAAAGACGGACUUUGCGUCGCCAACUCCAGGCCUUUGAGGAUCAAGUUCCUCAAGUUGCUUCUGAGGUCCGUCGGGUUGAGCGGGAGAUCGCCGAAACCAAACUGGAGUUGUUCCGCCUGAAGGAUGCGAAGGUGCAUCCUAGCAGUGCAUCGAAUAUUGUUGGUACUGGUCCCGGUGGCAUGGUGACAGAGGCCGACCGCAUUAAAGCCCGCGCUCGUGCUAGAAUGCAGGCCCGCGCUGCUGAGCUUGCCGGAAGACCGGCACCUGCCUCGCAAGACGAUGAUGGAGCAGCUGCUCGGCGCCUUGAAGCCGAGAGUGCAACCGUCAAGGCAGCCAGAGAGAAGAACGAUGCGAUGACGCGUGAUGUGGAGGAUAGCGUCAAAGAUUUCGCCCGUGGUCUUGAGGAUAGCCUCAAAGACGAAGGGGAAAACUCGACUCGCGAGCAUGAACGGCGCCGGUGGGAGGACGCACUGGGCGUGGAAGACAUUAUCCGUGAUUUCAUAUAUGAUUUGAAGCGCGGCAGCCGGACUGCGUCUGUUCGUAAAGAAGAAGCAUCAAGGUCAUCGCCAGCCCAGGAACAACCAUCUCAUUAUCAUGAACUGGCAGGGGAUAGAACGGGCACCGUUCGCCCUUCCCCUCCGCCGUCAACUGGCUCCCCGGCAUCGUUGCCUGGAUCUACCCAUGAAGACCGAGUGGCCGCAGCCAGAGAACGUGCGCAGAAGCGCAUUGCCGAACGGAUGGCGGCGGCUGGUCUCAAGCCCCACAGUGAUUCGGCAGAGACCCUUCUUCAACGUCAAGAACGGGAAAAGAAGGAACGCGAAGAACGACUGCGACGUGCCGAAGAAGAGGACGCGAAGCGAGAGCAAGAAAGGCAGCUUCGCCUAGCCGAAGAGCAGCAAGGCUCGACAUCGCAAUCUACCAAACCACCUGGCAAAAAGCCCCCACCGGCGCCGCCUUCAAGGAGAAUUCGCACGGACAGUGCGGGUCAGGCUGAUGCGAAGAAAGCAGCUGAAGACACGGCCAAAGUAGAUCAAGCCGCCCAGGAACAAGCUCUCAGGGAGGAGCAACAGGCGCAAGAGCAGGAGAGGAAGCAACUUGAGAUCGAGGCCAAACAACGGGAAGAUGAAUUCGCAAGAGAAAAGCAGGCACAGGAGGCUCGCUUACGUGCACUUCAGGAACAGGUCGAGCAGGGCAAGAUUAAAAAACAGGAAGAGAAACGUCGAAAGGAGGAGGCCGAUCGGCAGGCAAGAGAGCAGGAAGCUAGGCUUUCAGCUCAACGAGCUGAGCUGGAGAUGGCCAGAGAACGGGAGCGACAGCUUCAAUUGGAAUUGGAAGCUAUGGACGAGCAAAGCUCUUCCGACGAAGAGGGUCCGGCCAAUAUCACGCCACAGGAUAGCACGCCGACCCAGACGACAAAGGCUUCCUCCCCCCCUGUCUCUUCCGCUCCGGUGAUCGCUGAGCCAACAACCCAGGACUUUCCUAGUCCUGCUAGCUCCCCAUCCAGUAGUCGCGCCGGACCUGCGGGCCUGAAUCCGGACGCCGAGUCAAAGAACCCUUAUUUCAAGAAGAUAAAUCAGACCAGCGACGGCCAGGCUGCUGCGAACUCAUCUCCUCAGGUCGCCAUCGCCUCCCCCAAGGCUGACGCUCCGUCUACCAACCCUUUCCACCGUCUGACCCAGCAGCAAGAGACCACCAAACCCACAUUUACCGCGCCAGGUCCGCUUGAGCGCAAGACUCGAGCGCGUCCCGAAGCAGACGACGAUGAUUGGUCCGCGGCAGGCUCGGACUUCGAUUCAUCUGACGAUGAGGAUGAGCGGGCGGGCGGCGGUAGUGCAAAGCAGCUUGCCAGUAUCCUGUUCGGUACUAUGGCACCUCCGCGACCUCUCUCUGCCAUGGAUGACAAGUCCCCCUCCAAAUCGUCCACUCCUGUGCAGGAUCACCCAGCGGUGCCUGAAACGGACACCAAUACACUUUCCGCCCCUGGCGCGGCUGCGCCUCCGCCGCCUCCGCCGCCGCCACCACCACCACCACCGGCGGCCCCUGCCCCCGCCCCGGCUGGUGACUUUGGGGCUCCCCCUCCACCGCCCCCUCCGGGCGCUCCGCCAGCUCCGCCGCCGCCGCCAGGAAUUCCUCCGCCUCCCGCUCCUCCCUCCGCAUCUACGGGGCCAAGUGAUCGCGGCGCCUUGCUAGCUUCCAUUCAAGCAGGCAAGGGACUGAAAAAAGUCCAGACAAACGAUCGGAGUACUAGCUCCACGGCAGGUCGGGUCCUGGUCUAAAGGUGCCGUUUUGUCAUUCAUUAGCAUUUGUUGCUCUCGCUGUCGGCGACAGUAGGUUGCCAACAGAAUGAAAGUAAUCGCGCCCAUAAUAUUCCCUUGCAUAUUCUCUCCAGGUUUAAUCUUACUGUAUUUUGCCAUGUCAAGCCUUGUCAAAAUUUGUCAAUGUAGAAAGUAUUGUUAUAAUUCAGAUAUUUCAA